UCAAUGGCCUUGAUCAAUCGUGUUUUGUGUAAAAUUUUCUCUCUUUUAAAUCUCUUUUAUCUCAUCGUGUCUCUUGUUCUAGAUUCGCAGUGCAAUGAUGACUGUUUCCGCUGCUUCAUUUGUUCUGUCGCUUUGAAGGAGCCUUUUAUUCGUUGUUCUCGCUGUCGCCCUGUCGUCGAUAUCUGUGUCCAUUGUUUUGCAAGAGGCGCUGAGCGUGGUAGACACCGAAAUGACCACAGUUAUGAAAUCAUUAGUAAUUCGUUUCCUGUCUUUGAGGCAGCUUGGAGUGCUGAAGAAGAGCUGAGGUUGAUGGAUGCAUUAUCUGACUGUGGAUAUGGAAACUGGGCUGAGGUGUCAAAACAGAUGCAGACCAAGACAGAAGAAGAAUGCAGGGGCCACUAUAAUCAGUGUUAUAUCAAGCGAGCAUUAACUCAUGGCUUACCAGUCCUUGAACCGCCAAAAGAUGCAAGAACACCAACUGUGGCCACUUGGUCAGUGCCAUUCAAAGUCUCAGAAGAUCCUCCUAGACCCCCGAUGGACUCUGUUCGCAGUAUUGAGCUUGCUGGCUAUAUGCCAUGUAGAGGCGACUUUGAAGUGGAAUAUGAUAAUUAUGCAGAAUUUGAUAUCAAGGAUAUUUCUUUUGAGAACACCAAUGACUCUUCCUUACUAACAGAGCUAAAAAUAGCAGCAGUUGAAAUAUUUCUGACAAGACUUAGAGAAAGAUGGUAUCGAAAACAAAUUGUGCGGCGUUAUGGCCUCGUGAAUAUCAAGAAAUGGCAGAUGCUUGAGAAGAGAUUAGACAGAGCUGAGCGAGAAUUGCGUGAAAGUAUGUUACCUUUUGCCAGACUCCAAUCCCCGGAGGAUCAUGAAAAACUAAUCCAAGGCCUUAAAAUGGAAAAUAUGCUGAAGAGGGAGAUCUUGUGUCUACAGGAAUACAGGAUGGCCGGUAUCCGCACUAAAAAGGGUGCUGAGAUAUUUGAAGUGCUGAAAAAGCGACACGAAGAGAAAACAAGGCGGAGGAAGGCUUUAGAUGAUAUUCUCUGCCAUAUAAGGGACCAGAAAGCUUGUCAGACAUGGCUCCAGCGGCAGGCUGCCUUAGAUAAUGGCAGUGGAUUGGCGCCUAUUCCGUUACCAAACGCUGCUCGCAAGCCCGCUAGUCGACUGGAUCUGAGUGGAGCGCCAGGCAUAGAGCUUCUCACACUUGAUGAGCGAGAGUUAUGUAGUACUCUGCGCGUUCUUCCAAACGACUUCAUCAAUUACAAGAAUCUACUCACGCGAGAAUCCGCCAAGAAUGGAGGCCUGCGGCUAGCUCAAGCCCGAGUGCUUGUCAGGAUAGACGUCAAUAAAACGAGAAAACUGUAUAAUUAUUUUGUGGAGAAGGGGGUUGUUAUUAAACCUGACGAUUAAAGAUGUGCUUUUGGAA